UCAAAAUUGAAGAGGCAGCAAAGCCGCUCUCAUCUUGGGUCUCUAGAACACAACAAUGGAAGUGGCCAGGUUACCGCUCUCAGCAUCACACAGAGGCAAGCUCAUAUCAGCGGGCUAUACUACUCUAGCUUCGCUCUCAUCCAUCUCUCCCUCCGACCUCGCUCGAGAUUUAAAAGUUCCAGAGAGUGAAGCUUUCGAAAUGCUCAAGGUUGCAAAACUUGGUUGUGGGUUGGAACAGCCAGAUAAACAUACGGCCAUUGUCAAUGGUGCACAAACUGCUUGGGAUAUCCUCAAUGAGGAGAAGUUGUUAACGCGCAUUACUACAUCUUGUGCCGAUCUAGACAAAAUUCUCGGUGGGGGAAUUAAUUGUAAAGAAGUUACUGAAAUUGGUUAG